AUGGGCCUAAUUGCUUGGAAUAUCAGGAACCCAAUAGGCCUGGGGGUGAAGAUGGAUGGAACAGCAGUACAGGUGUGGUCGUCACUCAAGGUGCAAUACAAGACCACUUCAGACCUCACCACUGUCCUCACAGACACUGAACUACGAGGAAUCAAAUUCUGCAAUGGUGACGACCUCCUGACCCACUUCGUACACCUCCAGUCCAAGUGGGCCUAUGCCAACUCGGUUGGCACCCACAUACUCGACCAUGACUUCUGCAUCAUCAUCCUCCAGUUGCUUCCUCUAAUGCCUGCAUGGGAAGCAUUUAUCUCAACUCUCUACGAGUCAAAGACAGCUGCCAACAUCAUUUCCUGCCGACACAAAGCCCAGGAAGCCAGAAAAGCAAUGCAUAAACUGCCACAGGAGGGGACACCAGUUGAGGUCUGCUAUUGGCUGGGUGGGGGAAAGGAAGAACAGUUCCCACCAGGUUUUGGAAAGCAUGGAGGUGCAAAUGGGUCAGCCAAUAUGGCCCUCAACACCGCACUGACCUCAACAGCCAAUGCUGUGGUCAUCGAGACCUCAUACACACUGAUGGUGAUGAUCAGGGGAGGAAAUGACAAGGACAGGGGCAGGCACACCAUCUCCACCAUACCAGUGGCCAACAAACCAACAGUGCUGGCAGCGGUGGCUUCAGGUGGGGGAGACUUACUCACAUACAUUGAUUCUGGAUGUCAAACAAGCAUUACCUUCCACAAUGCACUGCACACCCUGGACUUCACUGCAAACCUCAUAUCUGUUAGCAAAUUCGAUGCUGCCCACUUCAAGUUCAUUGACCCCCAUGGCCAAACUUUCAUAACAGCAAGCCAGACAAGUGGAAUGUACAUCCUUACCCAAGACCCCCCCACAGCUGCUCUCUUGGCAAAGUCCCAUGAGAAGCCUACAAGCAUCGACACCUGGCACCGACGGUUCCCACAUGCCAACAAGUCAGGGGAUGCCACCCUCCAGGCAAUCAAGGAAUACCAUGCAGAGAGCGAGCACCAGACAGGGAAGAAGCUCAAGAAGCUGCGCUUUGACAUGGGGAAGGAGUUCCUGAACAAGGGAUGUGAGGACUACUGUCGAGAGUCUGGUAUCGUCCUUAAAUCACCUGCACCAUAUGCCCAUGCUGCUAACAGGGUGCACGAAUGGGCAAACAGGACAACCAUCAAGGGGGUUUGA